AUGUUUUUUGGGAGGAGUCAUGAUGAACACCACCUUCAAUCCAACCCGAACAACGUGGAAACAACUCCACAAACCUCCUCUUCCAUGCAUCUGACUUCACAAGCGCAAUCUGAUCAACCUCAAGAAAGUAUUAUUGAUGAUAAUAGGACGACCGAUGAUAAUAUUUUCAGUCAUCAUAAAUAUCCUUCUAUUCAUCCCAUAGAUAAGCUUUCACCUCUCUACAAAGCGAAACAAUAUUCACUUUCAAUAGAAAACUCUUACCGACAAGCCUGGAACAAUGUCAUCCAAUUAUCAAUCUUAUUGUUAUUAUUAUUCGUUGCUAUACAUACCAAUAUAUUCAGAAUUGCCGUGAUGAGAGCAAUUACUUCUUCGGUCAUUAUUUAUUACCUACUCUCCUAUUUAAUUUGCAUUUUAUUGUUUUAUUUCAUCAUUCGUCGUAUGAACAAGUUGUGGAACAAGCCAACUUUUUAUUCGCAACAAGAGCAUGAAUAUCGUGGAGGAAAAUUAUACAAGUGGAGUCAAGAGUUUUUGAAAUCUCCAAACAACACAUUACAGACCAUGUUCAGAAAUAUUAAGAGUCUAUUCAUCGGAAAGCCUCCUUCUCGAUCUAAAAAACCAACAACACAAGAGCAACUCCGUCCCACUUUUAUGAGUACUCCUUCCAGUGCUCUACUAGGUUUAAAUACUAGAGAAGAAAUUGAUGAAUACAAUACAGCACUGUAUGAAGAAUAUUUACAACAGGAAGCAAAAAGAAGCGAACAACGAAGAGAAAUUCUUUCUACAAGGAAAGAAGCCGACAGAUAUGGAACGAUUAAUUAUGAUUUAGUAUUUGGUAGAUCUGGAUAUCCAACAACUAUGAGCAGUCCUCUUAGCAAUACCGCUAUGGCUGAUACAUUGGGACUUACCUAUCCACCACCACCAUCUCUCCCCACUACCUCUACAACAUCAAGCACUGGAGGACUUCUUUUAGGUUCGACUUCUGUUGGCCCAAAUGCUGCAAUAAUAGAUUUCGAUAGCACAAUGCCAACCACUUCAUUAAUCUUUUCAAAUCCAGUCGUUAGAGAUAAAGGAUUUACCACAGGUGGAAUGGAAAGUGAAAAUGUUGCGUAUCGAUUGGCUCCUUCCGCCAACUUUAACCCUGAAAUGUUGUCUUGGCAAUCAUCAGCUAGGGCUCAAAAUCAUGCAAUGCACAGCAAUGCACUUCUUUUGAGCGAAGAAGCCUCUCAAUCUUUAGAAAAAUAUAAUUUAAAUACAUUUAUUGUGAAUAAUUGGGCUGAAAAUAUGAGAAGAUGGAUAAUUUUUAAAAUUUUAACUCCUAUCACAAGUGACAUGGAAAAUAUUAAUUCACAAUUAUACAAAACCUUUAAUGGACAAUUUAAGGGUUAUGAUUGCUACAAUCCACUAGACAUUUCACCUCAAUAUCAACACGCCAUUCCAACAUUUAUUCCACUUUCAGAGGACACGUCCAGAUACACUUUAAAAUAUAUUUUGUCUACAAUGGUUAAUGUACUCGAUCAACAAAAGCAAAAGCCUCAACUUUAUCAAGAUUUUGAAAUUUUAUUAAGAAAACGUUUAAAGAUUGAAAGAUAUUUGAGCGUACCAUCCUCCUCUCUUGACAAGAUUGGAAAUAGGAAGCACAUUGUUGACCGAAUAAGAGCCAUGGCCAGAGGAUCAUUUGACAAGCUUGGCAGUUUCAGUGAACAUUUGAAGAAUGACUACCCAAGCGACGAGGAGAUUUUAGUAUACUUGGUUUGCAAAUACAUGGAUUUCAUGUUGGAUUCUCAUGGAUCGAAUAGCUUUACUCAAAAAUAUUACCGUGACAAGACAAGACCACAAGAACCAAGUAGUAAUGGAAUGGGGCUUUACAAACCAAGAAGUAUGGCUCCAGCUGUUGCUAAUGCCAUAAUCAAGAAAAAGGGUGGCGAUUCAAAGAUUUUACCAACCAAGAAGGGACUGUUUUUAUGCUUGACAACCUUACAGCCUGUACCACAUUUCAACGUCGAAGAUGAUGGCAGUGUGUUAGAAUGUCAGCCAGGACGUAAUAAUUUAUUGUAUGCAUUAGUAUUGUUCUUGCACUUGAUUCGAGAGAAAUAUGAAGGAUAUAUUGAAACGAUAUCGCUCGAAGAUUUGGAUCUUUCACGAGUUAUUGAAUCUGUGUAG